AGUUUAGGAUUUUUGUGUAUAGAGAGAGAUAUGGGCUUUAGGUUUAUAACUAACGGUAUUCUGUUUUUUACACUUGAGGAUCGAGAGAUGAAUUUAUUGAAUUUACGAUUUCUGGCCCUUUUGCCGCCUGUUAGCACUAAAGGUCUAUUUGUUUCAGAUAAACAAUUUAUUUCUGAUUUAUUGACCGCACCUUUUACUUGAACCGACCCUUGAAACAUCAAGUCGUUUUAAGGUUGUUUCUUCCCUAACCCCCAAAACUCCUAAGGCUAUGUCGUUUCUUUUUCCAAUUCCCUUGCAGUAUCGACUAAAAUGCGAGUAUUUUCUUCUUCAUUUGGUUUCUGCUUUUGCAGAGCGGACAUGAAAGCCCUCGCCUUUGCUUCUUCUUCUUCUAGGUCAUCAUCAUCAACUGCACUCAAGAAGUCCUCUCAGCUUCAAGAAUCAGACAAUCAUUUUAAAUCUGCUCAGAAUCAUAUAAGCAAAACUGAAGCUUCUUUAGGAGGUAAUAGUGAUACUCACUAUUUACUUAACCCUCAGUUCACUAACCCCAACUCAUUAAAAAUCUCAAACAAUCCCAUUUCAGCUAAUAAAUAUAGUAAACCAAUUGAUCAUCAUUACUUUUCUAGAAUACUCUCAAGACAUGAUUGGUUUUUAUUGCUUAACCAUGAGUUCAAAGCCAAAAGGAUUACUUUGAAUUCUCACUCUGUUGCCAGUGUCUUGCAAAAUCAAGAAAACCCAUUAUACCCGUUGAAAUUUUAUAUCUGGGUUUCCAAUAUGGAUCCGUUAUUUGCAAAGGAUCAAUCUGUUAAAGGUGUUUUAGCUAAUUGUCUUUAUAGGAAAGGUCCUGUUGUUUUGUCUGUUGAAUUGCUCAAGGAUAUUAAAGCCUCAGGUUAUCGAAUAAACGAAGAAUUGCUUUGUAUUUUGAUUGGUAGUUGGGGUAGAUUAGGAUUGGCAAAGUAUUGUGAUGAGAUAUUUGGGCAGAUAUCAUUUUUGGGUAUAAGUCCUAGUACAAGGUUGUAUAAUGCAGUUAUUGAUGCAUUGGUGAAAUCAAAUUCUCUUGACUUGGCUUAUUUGAAAUUCCAACAGAUGUCUGCUGAUAAUUGCAAACCGGAUAGGUUUACUUAUAAUAUACUUAUUCAUGGAGUUUGUAGGAGUGGUGUAGUGGAUGAGGCACUCCGGUUGGUUAAACAGAUGGAAGGAUUGGGAUAUUCACCUAAUGUGUUCACUUAUACAAUCUUAAUUGAUGGGUUUUUUAAUGCAAAGAAGGUAGAUGAAGCCUUUAGGGUUUUAGAAACAAUGAAGGCUCGAAAGGUGAGUCCCAGUGAAGCUACUAUUCGAUCAUUUAUUCAUGGGGUGUUUCGCUGUGUGGCUCCAAAUAAAGCAUUUGAGUUGGCAAUAGAAUUUAUUGAAAGAGAACCUGUCUUGCAGAGAUUGGCUUGUGAUACACUAUUGUGUUGUUUGUCAAGCAAAAAUAUGGCAAGAGAGGCUGGUGCAUUAUUGAAGAAAUUUGGGAAGAUAGGCCAUAAACCUGACAGUGCGACAUUUAACAUUGCUAUGAAUUGUUUGAUCAAGGGCUUUGAUCUAAAUGAGGUAUGCAACAUAUUGGAUAGAUUUGUUGAGCAAGGCAUGAAGUUCGGCUUUAGUACCUAUCUUGCCUUAAUUAAAGCUUUGUAUAUGGCUGGAAAAGUGACAGAAGGGAACCACUAUUUUAAUCAGAUGGUUAAGGAUGGACUUCUAUGUAAUGUCUGUUCAUAUAACAUGGUAAUAGACUGCUUCUGCAAAACCAGUAUGAUGGACAAAGCAACAAACACUUUCAAAGAGAUGCAGUAUAAAGGUAUCCCUCCUAACCUUGUUACUUUCAAUACCCUUAUUGAUGGGUAUUGUAAAGGGGGAGAGAUAUGCAAGUCAAGAGAUCUAUUGGUAAUGCUUUUAGAACAUGGAUUUAAACCAGAUAUUUUCACUUUUAGUUCAAUAAUUGAUGGCCUUUGUCGAGCAAAACAGAUUGAGGAUGCUUUAGGUUGUUUCUCCGAAAUGGUUAUGUGGGGUCUCUCUCCCAAUGCUGUCACUUACAAUAUAUUGAUUCAUUCUUUGUGUAUCAUAGGGGAUGUUCCUAGAUCAAUGAAACUCUUAAGAAAGAUGCAAACAGAUGGAAUAAACCCAGAUGUUUUUUCUUUCAAUGCUCUUAUUCAAAGUUUCUGCAGGAUGGGAAAGGUAGAGGAUGCGAAGAAGCUUUUUUCUUCAAUGUUGUCAUUGGGUUUGAUUCCGGAUAAUUAUACUUAUGUUGCUUUUAUCAAGGUGUUCUGCCAAUCAGGGAGAUUUAAUGAAGCUAAGGAGCUAUUUCUCUCAAUGGAAGCAAAUGGUUGUAUGCCUGAUUCUUUUACAUGCAAUAUAAUUUUGGACGCCCUGGUUAAGCAAGAUCAGUUUGAAGCGGCCCAGAAAAUUGCAAAAACAUGUAGUGAGUGGGGCAUUCUGGUAAAUUUUGCUGCUAUAUCAGAGGAUUCUGCUCUUCUUGGUUCAUAAGUUCGUGCUGCUUUAUUCUGCCCUUCUUGGUUCAUAAGUAUGGGCUGCUUUAUUCAGGUUUUCGCUUUAGAAACAGACAUGGCCACAAAAAUUGGACUGCAUAAGCUCAUCUCAUUUUUUGGAAUCAUGCAUAUCAGGAAUUGUAAUAAGAAAGUUCUAUCAAAUCGUUUCAUGUUUUUGGGCUGAAAAGUUGCACCUUUUUCUGGUGGGAUAGGCUUGUUCAGUUGGUAGACUUUGGUAGAAGGAAAUGCACUGUCACUUGUCAGAAGAUGACCUUUGGGCCAGGCAGUGCAUUAUGGAAAUGUGUUCCGGCCAGUUUUUCUUCAGUGCUGCUAUUAUGGAAAACAGAUUUUCAUCAAAAUUGUGAGAAAUGAUAUGCCACCUUGCUAGACCAGUAUUUGUGGGGAGCAAUAUGGGUAGCUGGUUUAUGAGGAUUGACACCAGUGGAGUAUCUCUUUAGCAAAUGAAGCAGAGUGCAUCAAGAAAGGUGUUUCAACAUUUACUGAGACUGCCAUUCUGCUGCACUCCAUUUCCUUUACCUGGCUGUUGAAAGAGAGGAAGUCCUGUUUCUGACAUCAUGUGAGACAUGCUUGCUUUCCAUGACAGGUGUAUAUAGCCAUCUUUGUAACUACAGGGAAAGCUUUUUUCAUUAGUCUCAAUACAACUGGUGAAGCUGCUGAUUUUACGUGGCUAUACAUUUCAGACUUGGAUACUGAAUGCUAUAGAAUGAGUAUUCUCGUAUCUAUGCUUGCAAGAAGAGGCUCCUCUGCAUUGCAAUUUGCGACGAGGUUUCUUGACCUCCUUCACUUUGUAUGCUGCAUCCUAGUACCAUGUUUUGUAUUACGAUAAUUCGUUGCAUGUUUGGCAAAUAAAAUCAACCUAAAGCUUCUUUGGA